AGUUCAUCAUUCAUCAGUUCAUAAAUCCAGUCACAAUAUAAAAAAUAUGGCCGGCUUACAAACUACAGUAUCUUCAGAUGUGAAGAAAGCAAAUGAAAAUGGAAAUGGUUUAAUACUUUACCAAAAUUAUCAAUCAUAUUUUUGUUUGAAGGUUGUAUUUGCAUUACACGAAAAGAAACUCAAGUUCAAAUCUCAUAUUGUAGACUUAUUUCGUGGUGAACAGUUUGAGCCAUGGUUUUUGAAGCUUAACCCUAAGUGUGAAGUUCCUGUAUUGAAAGAUGGUGUUAAAAUCAUUCCAGACUCUCGACGGAUCAUAGAUUAUAUUGAAGAUAAUUUCAGCAAUGGUGAUGUUCCCAGGCUGAUUCCUGAAAAGGGAAGUUCCGAGUUUCAACAAAUGGAGAGGAUGCGAGAUCUGCUUGAUAAUAUUCCUAUUCAGCUUGUCACAUAUGGAUGUAUUUUCCAUCCUUCAUUGACUGGCACAAUGAAGCUUACUCCACAAGAGAUCAAAAUUCGUCAAGGAGUGUUUACAGCCCAAGAGAAUAUUCUCACUGAUUUGUGUGAAAAAAACAAAGAAUAUAAGGAUUAUUAUUUAAAUAAAAAAAGCAAUCUUGCAAGACUGACACGUUUAAUAACAGAUGAAAAUGAGGUUGAAAAAGGAAUUUUAGAUGUUCAGUAUGCUUUGGGUGAAGUUGAAAAGGCUCUAGUCUCUCAUGAAGGUGAUAAGAAAAAAUGGUGGCUUUGCAGUGAAAAGUUUACGAUAGCCGAUAUUAGUUUAUGUGUACUUUUAACUAGAUUGCAAAUGGUUGGACUUACUGAAAAUUUUUUUAAAGAUAAUAACCUUCCUCAUGUACAAGACUAUUUCAAGCGAGCACAACAGCGAGAUUCGUACAGAAAAACUAUGAACCAAGGAGAGGGUAUUGUAAAUAAAUUUUCUAACCUUGAUAAGAAGGAGCAAGUUUUUGUUACUGUUGGCAGUGUUGCUAUAAUUUUAGCUGCCGCAGGUAUUGCUACAUUCCUAAUUGGUCGUAAUAAAUAAAUUAUAUUUUGUACACUCA